AUGGUGAGCUCUAAGCGACCCCGACCUCGUCGAUCCCAUGUGCUCGGAGGUUGCAGCACCUGCAGACGUCGACAUGUCAAAUGCGACCAGAAACGGCCCGUUUGCCGAACAUGUCGGGCACUUGGCGUGCCAUGCGAGGGAUACUCCGAUCAAGUGCUUUGGAUGCGCUCCGACAGCAACGAAGAAGUUGAAGGCACUCGGCGUGGUACGAGAAGGCAUCUUUACACAGAGCAAUCUAGACUUUCCAUGAGCGCGGCUUUAGGAUCCGACCUGGUAUCCGGCUCAAUUGAUGCAUCACUAGCAGAAGUCGACUUGAGACUGCGAGACCCGGAUCGGGUUGCCGAAGGUGACAUUGUCAUUGGCCCUUUUGCGGUCCUUGAUUUCUCCUCAGCACCACAGAAGCCGGAGCUCGAAGUGGCAGAAAUAGAUCCUGAUGUGGAUCUCAUUGAUCCGAAUCUAGCCACAGCUAUCGAAGCCCCGGAAACUGUGGCCCCCGAGGACGUGCAGAACCCUAGCCCGUCUUCGAUACUUGACUCUCUAUCUCAUAUUGACGACUUUCUUCAUUGGUCCGAUUUGUUGAGCUUUAGUCCAGACCAAUCAGGGUUCACGUCAAAUAGCGCUCUGACUAUACCCAAUGAUCUAUCAUUUGAUAUGAGCCACGAAAUGGGCUUGCUGCCAGCUGAAUCAGGCCACAACGAUGAAUUCCUUCGGAUACUCACUCCACAACAGACUCCGGCAGAGCCAAUAUCCUCUGAUAUAGAUGCAUUGAAAGAUGCACCAUGUCUCCUGAAACACUUCCAAGAUAUCGUCAUACCCCAUAUAAUGGCUAUUCCUUGUCGACAAAAGUCACCUUGGAAGAUACUGAACGUCCCUGCGGCAGUUGUUACUUACAGUGAUACGACGUUCCUUGGCACCGAGAAAAUAACACAUGCAAGAAUGGCAAACCUUUUUGGUUUGCUUGCCUGCUCUGCUAUUCAUCUUGUUCUCAACCCCUCUGCGAGCUCGUCGAAGACCCCUGAAUAUUGGUGGCAGGUGGCGAACCAAGCAUACCAGGAAGCGAAGGAUCACAUGCAAACUUCCUUGAAUUAUGAGACGCAAGGUCUGAAAAAGGCAAAAUACAAAGACCAGUUGAUGGCUGCAUGUAUUCUUAUACAGUACACAAUAAUGUCGGGCCAGCAACAGCAUGCUCGGUGCUUUAUGAUUGACGCAGAGCGGUUAUUACGUCUACGAGGCCUUUCAAAAACAAAGAUAUCCAAAAAAGCGCGCCUGUUACAUCAUGUCUACACCUGGCUGAGAAUAGUUGGAGAGAGCACUUUUGUCUUACAUGACUAUAAUCUUUCCUCAUCAUCUCUCGAAGCACUCGGAUCUCGUUUCAGAGCUCGGUCAUUGAGAAGCUCAGCCGAGUCGGAAGUUUCCGAGCCAAACCCUCGCCUUGAUGAUUUUCUUCGCCUCGAAACACAAAACUCAGAUAGUGAUCUCAAUAUUGAUGAACCCAAAGAUCAAGCCUCUGCCCUUUACGACAUCCAUCUCCAAGACUCGCGAAGCCACCCAGAAACAUUGUACAAGCAGAUCUACGGGAUUCCAGAGACAUGGCUUAGCCUCGUGUCUCAGACAACAAGACUAGCCAAUGUCUUGGAAACAUUCUGUGUUGCCAGAGAGGUAGGGAAGAAUGUGAACCUGAGAGCUUGGGAAACACUCCAAAGGCGCAGCAUGCGUUUAGAGAACAUGAUCUGCUCCUUCAGUCUGGGUCGCACAAGAGCCGGUGUUCUAGAGCUCCAUGCCGAUUCCAAGUCACAUGGUCACAUGGUUGAAGCUUUAAAUGCCGCGCUAGUGAUAUUCUUCUACAAAAGAAUCCGACACACUCAUCCAGCGGCUCUACAAGGUCACGUUGAUAGUGUCAUUACAGCACUCGAAGCAUGCAGCGCGACAAGGACGGAAGAAGAUCCGACUGGCCCGGGAACGGCGUGGCCUUUGUUCAUUGCUGGUUGCGAAGCGAUCUCUGCCCCUCGUCGUGAGGCAAUUAUGGCCUUGCUGGACAAGGCCAGUACGGUAUGUGGAUUUGCCGCUUUUUCGGCCGCGAGAAAUAUUAUCUGCGAAGUAUGGAGCAAACAGGAUGAGCAUCUUACUGCUAAUCGAGGGGAAUCGAUGCCUUCGUGGGUGGACAUUGUGCAGCAAGGGCAAACUUGGCCGUUAUUCUGUUGA